CCUAUCAUCACUCUUCACUCUCUCUCUUUCUUCGACAAAUCCAAAGAAAAACAUCACACUCACUGCUUUCAAAUUCUUUAACCUAAUUUCACAAACUCAAUUUUCUUUUUCAUUCCGCAGAUAAUUCCCAAGUAAAAUGAAAGGAGUGAAAGGAAAAUUACUGAAGAAGCUCAAAUCAAUCAAACAGAUCGGGUAUCUAAAACAAGAUCGAGUUUUUCAGGUAAAAGCCAUUGAAGGGUAUGCAGAUUUUCUCCCAAAUAUUUCAUCUUUUAACAUACCCAACCCAUUUGUUUCCCGAGAAAAUGAAUCCAAGAAAACUGUCCAGAAUUGCGAAGAGAAAUUGCAGGAAGAACCAGAAAUCAUUGAUGUGUCAGAGCUAAUGAGAGAUCUUGAAGAAGAACAAAUGGAUUUGGAUGUUGAUUACAAUGAAAACAAAGAGAACAUUAACCACAAAGGUGUUUUGGUAUUGCAGAGUGGUGACAGAGAAGAAACAGAGUUGAAACAGAGUGAAAUUUUGAAAGAAAAAAAGUUACCACUUUCAUCAAGACCUAAUUCUGAUAGAAAAAGGAAAACCCUUGUGUCUGAAAUCGAUAAUUUGUCGUUCCGGAAACCGGAUUUGAAUUCAGGUAGCUUAUUCGAUCCGAAUCUACUCGCUGCAUUCCAGGAAGCUGUGCAGGAACAUUCUAGAUUGACAGAGGAACAGAGAAGACUCAGAGUUGAAGCAGAGUUAAAACAGAAAGAAAAACAAAAUGAAGAUGAAUUAGUAUUUCAAUUAGACCCUUUGAUGUUGUUUGAAGAGAAAUGUCCACCAGGUGGUGAUGGCACUGUGAUUUUCUACACAACAUCGCUUCGAGGAAUCCGAAAGACUUUCGAAGACUGCAAUAAAGUUCGUUUCCUAUUGCAAAGUUUCAAGGUUUUGUAUCUUGAGAGGGACAUAUCAAUGCACAAGGAGUUUAGGGAUGAAUUGUGGAACAUUUUGGGUGAGCAAAUUGUGCCUCCAAGGCUUUUUGUUAAGGGGAGAUAUAUAGGUGCAGCUGAAGAAGUUUUGAGUUUGCAUGAACAAGGAAAGUUGAAGAAAAUCUUUGAAGGGGUUCCAAUGGAUUGGUCUAAUGGUCCUUGUGAUGGUUGUGGGGGAAUAAGGUUUGUGAUGUGUUUCAAGUGUAAUGGUAGUCAUAAGGUUAUUGCUGAAAAUGAAGAGAUGAAUCCGUGUUUACUGUGUAAUGAGAAUGGAUUGAUUGUGUGUCCCUAUUGUGGUUAGAUUUGAGAAUUUUGUUCAUACUUAUUUUGUUGAAUUUAUAGUGGUAGGUUUUAUAUAUACUUUUGUGUUAUGUUUACUCUAGCAUAGUUUGCAAGUAAUUGAACUUGUGGUGAUUUCAUUCUUUCAAUUUUUUUAUAAGUGCUAAGUACUUCAUUGGCUGUUUGUACUAUUUCUUUGAUGAAAUCUAAAGUUGUUUUAAUGUCA